UUCUGGGUCUGAUCGAGGUGAAGCGAGAGGAAGGGGAGCCGCCGCCGACGGAGGAACCCUCGUCAAUUAUGACGAAACAGGAGAAACCCGGCCCGACGUUUCUGAUGGAGGAUGAGAAGGGGAGAACGGAGCCGCCGCCGGCAGUCCUAUGUCUUACCAGCGGCUAUGGCGACGUGGAUGAGCUGAGAAGAAGAAAAGGGAUGUAGAGAGCCUUGGUUUUCGCUGCUCGUGGGGAGGAGGAAAAGGAAGGAAAUCGUCUGAAAGAUGUAGAAGAA